UGAAAUAAAUGUAUUAACCAUGGAAGAGAAAAAAAAGGCAUUCAUUAAAGAACACGACAUAAAUAUCUACAGGACAGCGAGAGAACAAUUGGGUUGGCCGUUGCAAAGGCAAACCUUCUGCAGGUGUUAGGAAGUGAAGUAGAUAAAAUCGGAGGAAAAUGGGCGAGAAGAGAGUCUUACCAAAACCUCUUAAAAAGGCUUUGGAUUGGGAUAUUGUUGCAACUGACAAGUUUGUCAAAUAUGUUGAUCAAAAAUAUGGACCUCUAACUAAGUUCAAACAGUUAAUGAAAGGACUUGAGAUAUCGUGUCAUGGCAUACCAUGGUUAGUAGGAACUGCUACCUUCAUCUUCUUCCUUGACAGUCCCUCUGUCAGACAGCUUCUUGUAAACAUUUUUAUUGCUCUCAUCCUGGAUAUCAUCAUAGUAGCUGUUUUAAAGGCUAUUACAAGGAGGCGUCGUCCCUCUGAUAACAAAGAUGAUAUGUUUGCAACAGUAAGCGUAGACAAGUUUUCUUUCCCUUCUGGCCAUGCAACAAGAGCUGUCAUGCUUAGUUUUGUGCUUCCAUUUCAGUAUUCACUUUGGAUAAUCAUCACUUUGGCUCUGAUUGGUUGGUCUAUCGCUGUGUGUAUUUCUCGUGUACUUCUUCGACGCCAUCACAUUCUUGACGUUUUAGGAGGAAUGUGCAUCGGAAUCUUAGAAGCUGGUUUGAUGUCGCUUUUAUGGCUGUCUCCAGAAAAUGCCCAGGGGAUAGUUAACUUCUUUCUAGAUGAAACUCAGGUUGGAGCAAGUUAUGAUGUAUGAAAUUUUUAUAUAUGGGUAUACAAAUAAGUUGCUCAGGAUACAAAUAUUUAGUAUAAUACAGAAUACGUAUUAAUAUUUGUAUACAUUUUACUCAUUAGGCACUGGUUUUGUGGAUUGUUUUCUAGUUUUAGUUAUGAGAACUAUUGAGUUUAUAUAUGUAAUUUUCAAGCCAUGAUUGUUUUCAUAAGUUAUUUUGUAAUUAUAUUUUAAGUAUGAUUUGAGUAAAAGUUACUUUUGUACACUCAGUCAAAAAUGUUUUGCAACAUGUUCCAGAAGUUUUGGUUCACUUAACAAUAAUAUAUUCUUUUGAUAUAUACAAUAAAACACUUUUAUUAUU